CAAUAUAUUCAGUUUAUCCCUAAGACUGCCAGCGCUCCAAGUAAAGCAAAUGUUCUUUGCAUUAUAGAAAGGUUCCCUCUUGAAGGAGAAGAAUAACAUCUUAGAAAAGAUAUUCAUCAGUCUCUCCAACAUGGGUCUCAUGCUUCUCAAGAAGAUCUCCCUUCUCUUCCUCCUCAUCUCAGCAUCGUUUCUUUCUACUUCAUUUGCAGGCCGAGCAGGCCGACGAUCGAAGCUCGCGAGCAAGUCAAUUCACGUAGCGGAUGCAGUUUUUAAGGAAAUAUCAAGGAAGCCAUCACACCAAUACAGGAGAGCAGAAGCCAUCCAUGAAAGGCUUCUCAGAGCAAACACCAGAGACUAUGGGAACUAUGAUCCUGCACCAGCUCUUGGGAAGCCUCCUUUCAAGCUCAUACCCAACUGAGAUGGCUUAGCCAUUGAUGUUGGGCAAUGGGCAUGCACCCUCGGAUGUUACAAAUACGUCAAUAAAAUAAAGAAGCAAUGGACAAUAUAGUAUGGCUCCGCAUGCAGUAUAUUAUAAGGCAUAUAGUUAAUAAUAGUAAGUUUUGGAGAUAUCGAUGGAUAUAUUAGGGUUUGCAUAGCCCUAAUGAUGUGUCAUAUAGUGUCUUAAGCGAGAGGAUGGUAUGGUGUGUAUCUGUUAUAUAGCAAUAGUGAAGUACAUGAACCGGGUUUUUUUUUUAUGUAUAUGUUGAAAGUAUCUUAUAUAUGUGUAGUUAUGGGAACUUAAUUGCUUGAAUA